GUUUCCUAUUCUACAAGAAAGACCUCGGCCAAUAAUUAGGAGAUCUCUCUCUCUCUCUCUCUCUCUCUCACGCUCUCAUAUCUAAAUGCCCCCAUCUCUCUCCCUCUCCCCCAAGUAUCUAAAUACCCCGACUGUAUUGUUGUUGCGGUGCAGCAAAAAUGAGAAUGACGAUGUUGAACACAUAUGGACUCAGAAUUGCCCCUGCACUCUUUCUUCUUGCUGUACUCAUAACAAGAGCGCCUGUGAUAUCCACGGCUGCACGAGAGGAUGAUUGGAUCAUGAUUGAUACUGCGUCACAGCGUGCCAAUCUUGCAAUAUUGGCAGGAUACGGUGAGGAAAAGCUCUCUUCUGUGCUGGUCACUGGAUCCGUUCUAUGCGACCCUUGCAAGGGCUUCAAUGGAGAAUCCGUUUCAGGAGCCAAGGUCAUUAUAGGGUGCAGAAGAGGAAGGAAGACAGUAAGAACUGAGGGACUGACCGACGAGUGGGGCGGGUUCACCAUUGAACUGCCCUCUGAGAUUCAUGCAUGGCCCAUGCUGGAGGCAUCAUGCAAAGUCAGGUUUCUCCAAAUGCCGCAGAUCAACUCCUCAUGCUAUCCAGGGUACCAUAUAGACCCAACAUCCAUGAGAGAGUUGUCCAAUAGUAACGGCUCGCGAGUUUACGAUAUGGGCAUUGUAUGGAUCAGGAACUUGGCGGGUUGCAGCUUGUAGAUGUAUAACUGCAUGGGCGCCUUGGGGUCGACCAACUGGUUGAUUAAUUAGCAAGCAUGUAUAAGAUCAGGAGUGGAGCCGCUGGGCACUUUAAUGUUUCUCUACUCAUAUAUUAACAUUUUAAAAUAUUUGUUUUGUUAUA